GAUGUCAUUAUCUGGCAACAGCUCGUGGCUCAGGUGUUCGCUCAUGUCAUGCUACGUGAUUGCUGGCAGGGGGCGAUGUCGUGCACACCAAGGGGGUGAAAGCUCUCCACGGCGGGUUACUUCCCGCGCACACCGCAGCUAAACCAGCCCACUCACGAGCUCUCGCUCCCCCGGCUCGACUCCUCAGCGACGGAUUUGAAGCUGUCGUGUUUCCCCGUUCUUGGAAUGACAUCGCGCUGAGCUGCUGUGAUGAGUUCCUCUAUCCUGGGAUACUUCUGCAUUCUUCUAUUGCUGCGGGAACCUGCGUGUAGUGGGGAUGAGGUGAUGUCCGACACAGUGAACCCGUGCUGCUACUUGCCGUGUCAGCACCAGGGCGUGUGCGUAAGAUACGCAGACAAUCGCUACGAGUGCGACUGCACCCGCACCGGCUACCAUGGGGAGAACUGCACCAUCCCGGAGUUCUGGACUCGGGUGCGUGACCUCCUGAAGCCCGGAGCGGACACGGUGCACUACAUUCUCACCCACUUCCGCUGGCUCUGGGACGUCAUCAACAACACCUUCCUGCGGGAAGUUCUGAUGCGGCUUGUCCUGACAGUGAGGUCCAACUUAAUUCCCAGCCCUCCAACGUAUAAUUCAAAAUACGGUUACCUCAGCUGGGAGUCCUACUACAACCUAAGCUACUACACUCGGAUUCUUCCGCCAGUGCCAGAAGACUGCCCGACACCUCUGGGUGUCAAAGGGAAAGCUGGGCUGCCUGACCCUGAGCUGCUAGUGGAGAAGCUGCUAAAAAGAAGGACAUUCAGGCCUGACCCGCAGGGCUCCAACCUCAUGUUCGCCUUCUUUGCACAGCACUUCACACACCAGUUUUUCAAGACCUACAACCGCAUGGGCCUGGGCUUCACAAAGGCCCUUGCGCAUGGGGUGGAUGCGGGACACGUUUACGGAGAUAACCUGGAGCGGCAACUGAAUCUCCGGCUUUUAAAAGAUGGAAAACUUAAAUAUCAGUUGAUUGAUGGCGAGAUGUACCCUCCCUCUGUAGCCGAAGCCCCCAUCAAGAUGAGCUACCCCCCAGGUGUGGACCCCAAGGACCAGUUAGCUAUCGGCCAUGAAGUAUUCGGACUUCUCCCCGGCUUAGGAUUGUAUGCCACGCUGUGGUUGAGGGAGCACAACCGAGUCUGCGACGUCCUGAAAGCGGAGCAUCCCAGCUGGGAUGACGAGCAGCUAUUCCAGACCGCGCGGCUCAUCAUCAUUGGUGAGACCAUCCGAAUAGUGAUCGAAGAAUAUGUUCAGCACCUCAGCGGCUACCUGCUGCAGUUAAAGUUCGACCCCACCCUGCUCUUUCACGCCCAGUUCCAGUACGGGAACCGCAUCGCCCUGGAGUUCAGCCAGCUCUACCACUGGCACCCCUUGAUGCCCGAUAGCUUCCAUAUCAACGGGGACGAGCUCGUCUACACGCAGUUCCUCUUCAACACGUCCGUGCUCACGCACUACGGCGUGGACAAGCUGGUGGACGCCUUCUCCCGCCAAGUGGCCGGCCAGAUAGGCGGGGGCCACAACGUCAAUCCUGUGGUGACGCCGGUAGCCGUGAGGACCAUCAAGGAGUCGCGGCAGCUCCGCAUGCAGCCCUUCAACGAGUACAGGAAACGCUUUAAUCUCAAGCCGUACGCUUCCUUCAGAGAGUUCACAGAUAACGAGGAGAUAGCGCUCACUCUGGAAGAGUUUUACGGCGACAUUGACGCUCUUGAAUUUUACCCCGGCAUGCUGCUGGAGAGGACUCGUCUGGGCGCCAUCUUCGGCGAGAGCAUGGUGGAGAUGGGUGCGCCGUUCUCCCUCAAAGGCCUCCUGGGCAACCCCAUCUGCUCCCCCGAGUACUGGAAGCCCAGCACUUUCGGGGGCCGCGUGGGCUUCGACAUCGUCAACUCGGCCACGCUCAAGAACCUGGUGUGCCUCAAUUCCAGGACGUGCCCUUACGUGGCGUUUCGAGUGCCGCCAGAGGAGCAAAGCGUCAGGGCGGAUGAGCUGGCCAUUGCCAUGACGACGCUAGACGACAAGCUGCUGGGGGAGAAGCUGCAGUACUACUACAGCAGCAGCGAGGAUGAAGGCAGCGAUAAUGAGGACAAUGAGAGGGACACCAAAGCCAUCCGAGACAGCGCCGCCAAUGAGCCUGAGCUGGACUACAGUGCGGAUGGCAGUGCGGUCAACACAGGACCAAAGGGUGUCAUCAAUGACUGGAGGAAGUACAAGCAACUGGAGGUGGAGCAGAAGCAGGAGCAGAAGAAGGAGAUGGAACGCCUGAUCAAGAAGCUGUCCAUGACGUGCCGCUCCGACCUGGACCUGGAAAAAGAGAAGCAGAAGCAGAAGGAGCUGCAGGACAAAAUCAAAGGCAAAAUGACCAUGCAGGAGUACAACAUGCUCCAGCAGGAAGAGGACGAUGAGGACUUCCUGCAGCACUAUCGCGCGCAGCGCAUGGAGGAGAUGCGGCGGCAGCUAUGCCGUGGGAAGCGCUUUGAGCGCGUCCAGGAGCUGGCCAGCGGCGAGGACUUCCUGGAGGCACUGGAUGAGGAGGACAAGAACACACCAGUCAUGAUCCACAUCUACGAGCCCGGCGCGGCCGGCUGCGAGGCCAUGAGCGGCAGCCUGGCGUGCCUGGCGCAUGAGUAUCCACUGGUCAAGUUCUGUAGCGUGCGCAGCUCGGCCAUCGGCACCAGUCCGCUCUUCCGGGAUGGCGCCCUGCCUGCCCUGCUAGUCUACAAAGCCGGAGAGCUCAUCGGCAACUUCGUACGGCUCACCGACCAGCUCGGUGAGGACUUCUUCGCCGUGGAUGUGGAAGCGCUGCUGCAGGAGUACGGUCUGCUGCCUGACAAGGUCCCCACCCUGGCCAAGACCGUCCGCAACGGCGCCAUCGUUCAGAGCAACCUCAGCGACGACGACGACGAUUCUGACCUCGACAUAGACUAGAGCGCGCUCUCUGACUGAUAUUAUGCAUCCACUUUAUCCUUGUCUUUUUCCUUGUAAAUAUAUGGAUGUCCCCCUCAUAAACAUGCUUUUUUUUGGCCUGAAAAUGACUCGUGAGUUAAUAAAUUUUCUGUCAACAUUGA